AUGGUAGGCAGUUCUCAGCUCGAAUCUGACAUUUCCGGCGAGAACUUCUUUGCCAAGAGCAGCAACGCUCUUGACACCAAUAUCUUGGCAAGAGUGUUGCAAUCCGUUGUACAAGUAUGGAAUGAACUUGGUGAUGGAUCCCUUGUCCAACACGGAACCACUCACACCUUGAGCAACAAGAACCUUGUCACCCUCACUGAAGUAUCUGGAAGUGGAAGCGUUAGCGUUGGUGUCGGUCUUUUGCAUAGCAUCAAUAGAUCCCAUACCUCUAGCAAUGGCCUUGGCGAUGUGUCCAAUGUUGGAAACACCUCCAUCGGCAAUACAUGGAACACCAAAUUGAUUGGCGAAUUGAGUCACUUUGUAAACUGCAGUACCUUGAGGUCUACCACAGGCCAUCACUUCUUGGGUGAUACAGAUAGAUCCAGAACCCAUACCGAUUCUCAAACCAUCAACACCAGCAGCAAUCAAUUGGGCGGCCUGUUCUCUGGUGACAACAUUACCACCAAUGACUUGCAAGUCUGGGAAGGUGCUCUUGAUCCAUUUGAUCAGGUUGAUCUGGAAAAUGGAGUUACCUUGGGAGGAGUCCAAAACAACAACGUCCAAACCAGCUGCAACCAACUUGGCCAGUCUCUCUUUAUCAGCGUCAAGAGUACCAAUAGCAGCACCACAGAGCAACUGCUUGCUCUGGAAAGAUUUGGAAGCGUGAGGGAAGUCCAGGUUCUUUUGCAAGUCGGUUCUGGAGAUCAUGGAAACCAAGUUUCCUUCACCGUCAACAACUGGAAGUUUACCCUUCUUGGACUUUCUCAGGAUCUCGUUUCCUUCACUAAGCGAGAUUCCAGACUUGGCGGUGAUGACGUCGGUUGUCAUCACCUGAGAAAUGGAAUCUGUAUCGACCUCGUGGAAUUGGACAUCUCUGGAGGUGACAAUUCCAACAAGCUUUCCACCAACUUUACCAGUUUCUGCAAAUUUUCAAUCAUCACCAAAAGAGUUGAAAAAGUUGAUAAACUUACCAGUCACUGGGAACGAGGUGAAACCGUAUUUUUGACCCAUAGCCUUGACUUGACCAACAGAAGCGGAUGGAGAAAUGACAACAGGAUCGUUGAUGAAACCGUUCUCGUACUUCUUGACCUUUCUGACCAUCUCAGCCUGUUCAUCAGGGGAACAGUUGUGAUGGAUGAUACCGAUACCUCCCAAAAGGGCCAUGUGGAUGGCCAUGUUGGACUCGGUGACGGUAUCCAUAGGAGAAGAAACGAACGGGGUCUUCAAAGUGAUUUUCUUGGUCAACUUGGUCUCCAAAUCCACAACGCUUGCAGGGAAGUCAACCUUACCUGGCAGAAUAAGGAAAUCGUUGUAUGUGAGACCUCCGUGGAGCUGUAA